AUGAGAUCUUCUCUAACCUUGAUCCUUCCCUUAUUGCUGGCAGGCAUAUGUCAAGUACAACUAUAAAGCACCUAUCCCAUCUAUCAAAUAAUUGGUGAUAUCUCUGCACUAAGUGAAGAUGCUCAGGCCUCUGUCUAAAGCGUAAGAGAUGAAGACUUUGAAUUCGCUCAAAGAAGACCAGACUCUGUUAAAAUAAAUGGAAAUCCUGAUUGUAAUAGAGUUGCCAUUACUCUAGACGAAGGACCAGGAGAAAAUACUCAAAAACUCUUGGAUAUCUUAGAACAAUACUAAGUUAAAGCAACCUUCUUCGUUGUGGGUUCACAUAUAGCAGAUUAUAAGGAUGUCCUGAUUAAGGCUUAUGAGCAGGGCCACACUAUUGGUGCUCAUAGUUGGGACCACAGAGACUACAGAACGUUGAGUGAGGAUGAGCUGCAGGAUGAUAUUUCAAAAACUGAAAAUGAAAUCAAAGAUGCCAUAGGUGUUGUGCCUAAUCUAGUGAGACCUCCUUAUGCGACUAUUAAUGACGCCGUAGUAGAUGUUUUGGACAAAAACAAUGUCAAAACUAUAUUGUGGUCCCUUGAUUCUUAGGAUGGAGUUGUUAAAGAUCCUCAGACACUAGCCGAGCAAAUUCUUAAGGAGGUCAGGCCAGGCGAAAUUAUAUUGCUGCACCACUAUUAGAGCACUGUCGACGUGCUGCCUUUAUUAAUUGAGGGGUUACAAGCACAAUAAUUUGCACUUGCUACAGUUGAUUAACUACUCGAGAUCGAGGCUUACAAGUAGUGA